CUGAAUAUAUCAUUCCCUCAUGUGAUCCAAUCGCCAUUUAUUAUAAAUUAUAAAAAUCAUUAAUGAAGGGCGGCGGCGGCGGCGGCGGCGGCGGCGGCGGCGGCGGCGGCGGCGGCAAGAAUAGGACCAGGCAUCCGGUGUACAGGGGAGUUCGGAUGCGCAGCUGGGGUAAAUGGGUGUCGGAGAUUCGCCAGCCCCGGAAGAAGGCUCGGAUCUGGCUCGGGACUUAUCCCACGCCGGAGAUGGCGGCUCGGGCUCACGACGUGGCGGCGCUCGCUCUCAAGGGCGACUCCGCCGCCCUCAACUUCCCCCACCUCGUCGGAUCCCUCCCGCGACCCGCAUCCGCCUCGCCCGCCAACGUCCAGGCCGCCGCAGCUAAGGCGGCUGCCAUGGAUGAGCUUCGCCCUGGGUGCUCGUCGCCAUCGGCGCCGGCGUCAGACGAUCUCGGUGAGAUCUUUGAGCUUCCCAGCUUAGACGAGGCCUGCUUCGACUCGCCCGAUGAGUCGAAGGUCCAAUUGGGUGUCCUUGACUUGUCCGAGAGGUGGGGAUUCCUGCCGCGGUGGUUGCCGGACGAUGGAUUCUCCGGGCAAUUUUUCGAUGACCCGGCGGGUGGAGAGGCUGUCAAUCCGGUCAGCUGUUUUGACUUUUGAGGAUGUAUUUUAUUGAAUUUAGUGAUUGUAUUUUACUGUAAUUUUUUUAUUUUAUUUUUAGCGUUUUGAUUUAAUGAAAUUUGUACCAAAAU